AUGUUGAUUCUAAAUAACAUUAGAGUCGAUUGGAGCAAAGAUGACAUACCUUCAUGCUCGCGUUGCCUCCCCCGUCGCUGGACACAGAACGAGAACACUCUCAAAGUCAAACAGAUACACACAUCGCACUACGGCCUCCGUCGCGCGACUUCUCCCGGCGACAGAUUCGUUUCAACUGAGUCUUUCGACGGGGCGAGGCGGCGCCGCGGCUCGCCCCGGCCGAGGCCGCCUCGCUAUUGGCCGUGGCGUGGAGGGCGUGGUCGCGACGAGUACCCCGAUAUAGAUAAAUCGGAGUAA